AUGGAGGUGAUCGGCGUCGGGAUCGCGAUCCUCGAUGUCGUGCACGAGGUGGCGGCGUACCCCGAAGGUCGGUUCUGCCUAUGUAUCCGCUCGCUGGCGACUCGUAAGUGCAGGGGCGGGAACGUCGCGAACGCACUGGUGGUGUGUGCUCAGCUAGGAACUCGCUGUCGAUGGCUGGGCGUGUCAACCGAUCCAGCAACAGACAGUGAGGCGGCGUUUGUCCACUCUGAUCUCUCAGCGCACGGUGUGGAUUGCUCACUGGCGUCUAUCGAGGCUGGUGGAAGUAUGCCGGUUCGCGCGACGGGGUCCCGCACGAUCGUGCACUCGCGAGACCUCGCUGAGCUCAGCUACGAGGCGUUCGUCAAGCAGCUCGCACUGUAUCGGAGAAACAUUCAACAAGAUCCGAACACACCCGUGUGGUUCCACUUCGAAGGUCGCAACCUAGAAGCGACCGAGCAAAUGAUGCUUCAUGUCCGAGAAAGCAUGCCUGGUGUUAGCAUUUCAGUGGAGAUUGAGGCACUGCGCAACGGCUGGGACUCAGCGAUGAAGUAA